AUGAAGAAAGCAGAGGUGGUGUUUAUCCCUUUCCCUGCUAUGGGUCAUAUUGUAGCCCUAGUCGAGGUAGCUAAGCUUCUUGUUCGACGUGAUGAUCGACUUUCCUCAACUGUCUUCAUCAUGCAUCCAACUUUUGACCCCAGCACCACCAAAUAUACUGAGUCACUAGUUGCAUCAACUCUGCCCGAUCGUAUGCGAGUCAUUAACUUGCCAAAUCUUGAGUCCAUAUCAGCAGAGACUCACGGCCGUAACUGGCUUAUUUCUUUGAUUGAAGGCCAAAAACCCUAUGUCAAAGAAUAUGUUUCCAGGAUUAGAACUCAGUCGGAGUUGAAUCCAGACUCUCAUCGACUUGCUGGGUUUGUUUUUGAUACGUUUGCUACUGGGAUGAGAGAUGUAGCUACUGAAUUUGGGGUUCCAUGGUAUGUUUUCUCUGCUGCGAGUGCAGCUUUUCUGAGUUGCAUGUUGCAUCUUCGGUCUCUUCACGAUGAGCAAGGAGUGGACCUUACUGAGUUCAAGAACUCGGAUGCUCUGCUGGAAAUUCCGAGUUUGGUAAACCCACUUCCUGCUAAACUUGCGCCUACGUUGGUGUUCAAGAAAGACCUGCUCGCAAUUUUUCUUGAACAUGCAAGAAUAUUGACCGAAGCAAAGGGUAUUUUGGUAAAUACAUUUUUAGAGUUUGAAUCUCAUGCCGUUAACUCUCUUUCCGAUGGUAAAACACCAUCGGUGUAUCCCGUGGGACCUAUUGUGAAACAUGUAGGAGAUGAUCGUGAUUUGCGAUCAGAUGAGAGCAACAAUUUUAGAGACGUCAUGGAAUGGCUUGAUAAUCAACCCCCAUCAUCGGUUAUGUUUUUGUGUUUCGGUAGUUGGGGAAGUUUCGGUGAAAAACAAGUGAAAGAGAUCGCAUUUGCACUAGAGCAUGGUGGAUAUCGUUUCUUGUGGUCCUUACGUAAACCCUCGCCGAAAGGUAAAAUAGGAUCCCCGAGUAACUAUGAAGAUUUUCAGGAAAUUUUACCUCAAGGUUUUUCAGAUCGAACUGCUAAGAUUGGAAAGGUUAUUGGGUGGGCUCCGCAAGUAGAUAUUUUAGCACAUCCAGCUGUGGGAGGGUUCGCAUCGCAUUGUGGAUGGAAUUCUACACUAGAAAGUGUAAGAUUUGGUGUUCCAGUUGCUACCUGGCCAUUAUAUGCAGAACAACAGUUUAAUGCUUUUCAAAUGGUGAUUGAUUUGGGAUUGGCGGUGGAAAUUAAAAUGGAUUAUCAAGGGAAUUUUUUUGGUGAUAAUGAAAUUAUUGUGAGCGCUGAAGACAUAAUGAAAGCAAUAAAAUAUGUUAUGGAGCAAGAUAGUGAAACCAGAAAAAAGGUGAAAGAGAUGAGUAAAAUAAGUGAGAAAACCUUGAUGAAUGGCGGAUCUUCGUACGCUUCACUAGGUCAUUUGAUAGAAGAUGUGAUGGGCAACAUAUGA